AUGGACCGUUUCUACGACAAAGCCAAAGCUGUGCAAUAUCUUGACCGAAUUAUCGCAGAGCGCACCGCCGCGGCGUCGAGCCCGCAAAUGUACAGCAUGGACUCAGAAACAGAAAAAUUUGGGUUGAGCAUCUCCAGAGCGGAUGGAGAUGUGGCGUCAAGGUUGACGCAGCGUAACGCGGAAACGGGAGAGACAGAAGAGGCGACGGUUGCGCUGCAAGGGAUUUUGGCUUGUGUUGAGCUCCCUCCCUUCGAAUGCAAGUCAAGCUUUGAGGACAACAAAAGCUUGUCAGACAAAUGA